AUUCACUAUAUAUCGUUUUAAAUGUAAGUAAGUAACUAAGUAACUUUAUUUAAAACAAAUACUCUCAUUUCACUUAAGAAGAAUCCUUAAGGUUUCCUGAAAUGACAAUAAUGAUAGUUACUACCACUAAAUGGCCGUCAGCCGGGUGAUGGACAGGGGGAACUACGCGUACCAUCCGGAGCUUUAGUGCCCGAUGGACGUGCCGUAACUGUCUGUACAUCCGGAAGUGCGACUACACUCUCCCCGUGAGGGCGGCCGGAAACAGGUUCUUCGGCAAGGUCAUGUCUCUGCCGAAGGCUCCUGGCGAAUGGUAGUCGGGCGAAGAGAAGACAACUCUGGAAGAUCACCCCAAUCCAAGACGGAACAGCCAGCGUCGAGGGAUGUGUGGCCGAGGGGGAACUCGGUCUCUAGCUGGCGGACUCUGCGCACCUGUCCACCCGCAGUUUCAACUCGGACUUCCUGUGGCACCUCGGGCUCUGCCGUGGGUGACCUCCUUUCCCGUGCACUCGUGGGAACCAAAUGAAUAGUCUAGAAGCAAAUGAGUUUGAUGCUGCUCCAGAAGCAUCACCCAACCGAAAUCCUUCAGUGGAUUCGGGUCCUGGCUUUGUCAGGCUGAAAACCAGGCAAAAAAAGCUGCUGCGAAAGGCUCUUCAUGGAGGGCUGACCAGAGAAAAGGCUCUGGAGGUGGUGCAAGCUCUUCCCAUAGUUAAGGGGCUCCUACCCGAUCCUUAUGGAAUCCAAGCCGCCAAUCCGUACCCCUCGGGUUUAGUUGAGUGCGUGAGAAUCGGCUUAGCUGCGGAGUCUGCUGGGACUUCCCUGACCAGCGAGCAAAUGACCAUGAUCAAGGAGGCCAUUAUCGACGUGACCGUGGAGCAAUCUGGCAGUCAGAAGCCCCAGUUCGAGGGAUGUGUGGCUCGAAGAGGAUGGCUUCUUGUGACUUGUUCCAAUUCCUCCACCUCAGAAUGGUUCAAACAAAAUUUUUGCCAUAUCCAGUCGAAAGUAACCACUAAACUGAAGCUAAUGGAUGAAUCUGAACUGCCAAGAAGGAAUGUCGUCCUCGGAUAUUUUCCAGAUAGUCUAACCACCAGCAGCCAGAAGGUCCUGGAAAUCAUACAGGCCCAGAACCCAGUCUCAACGGCGGAAUGGAGGGUCAUGAACAGGUUGACCCACGGUGAGCUACUGCACCUUUCUAUGGCAGUUGACAAUGAAUCGCACAAGAAACUGAUCGAACUGAAUGGAACCAUAUCCUUUCGAUUCGGGCGCGUAAAACUUUGUUUGAAAAACUCCCUCGAUAGGAAAUCUGUACUAAAUGGUAGAAAAGAAACAUCGCCAAAUAGAAAAUCCCUGGAGAAAGCUGCUAUAAGUCGGGAAAUUGUGCCUACUCCUCAGGAACCUGUGAUCACAAGUGUUAGUCCAUGGAACCAAUCCAAUAAUCCUUGGAUUAGCCAUAGCAAUCCAAGGAUACAGUGGAAUCAACAACAGAUGCUCAGGUAUGAUCCUUACAGUCCAAGGGAACUUCCGCCGAAUUUUUUGUGUGCCAGCUAUUCAGGAUCUGUUUAUGGGAAUGAAGGAGACAGGAGGCUGAGACCUCGAACUUGGCCAGAAAACUACUGAUGAGAAAAGGGUUCCAAUACCAGAGGAAGAUAUUUAAAUCGACGAAACAUCUAUCUUAAGGAAGUACAGCGACUUGUCCUUCAUUUUCAGCAUCUUAUCUUGAGGUAUUUAGAGUUUUUGAUAAGUACACAUUUAUACAGGACUCGCCCAACUGCAAAGAUAACUCUUUUUAACCCAUAACACCAGAUCACAACGAUUUUGCUUACAGCAUUCGAAACAAUAUGAUACAGUAACACUGGUUACACUUCAAGAACCUGGCUUAAAUGAUACUAAAAACACAAUGAUACCGUAACACUGGUUACACUUAAAGGAUUUCGAUGUGUUCCUAGUUCCAAAAUGCGGACUUCACCAAAGGGAUCUCAAAACUCAGACCUGAAUUCCUUUAUUCUUUGGCAAAACAUGUGGUUUUGAAACCAAUGCUUUAUGGCUUAUGUGAUUAUAAGUCACCAUCAUAUUCCAUAAGGGUUUCUGUUGAAGGAACAACAUUCUUUACAAUCAGAUCUCUCUUCAGAGUUCCGCAUACCAUUACAUUUUCCGAAAAUGUGUGUUUUAUCGGUAGAAGGUGCUUUCAGCUUUCAAGAAAAGUCCGUUGCGAACCAUAACUUCAUCUCGAGCGUUGAAGUAUUAGCUUUUCCGCGCACGCUCCUCUCGCUAAUUAAAUCUAAUGCAACCUGUAAUAAAUUCGCUUGUCGCGCUUUUCCGGUCGUGCGAAUCAACCCUUUUUCGCGCGUUUUGUGUAUGCAAAUUCUGGCGGCAAAUUGCCCUGGCGCCAUUGAGCCUUAUCAUCUAUGACAUCCUGAGUCCUGUAGCCUGAGUGCCGUACCUGCCGGAGUCACCCUCGUAGAUCCUCGGAUUCCCUCGCGAUUUGGCGUACAAAGCAAUUUUCUGGCAGCCACGCGAUUCAAUUUUCGGCAAAAUAUUCGGCAUAAUAGUUAAGUUUUAUGCGAAUUCCGCUGGCAGAACAUCCGUUUCCGGCUGAAAAAAGAGAAGGAAGAAGGAGAAAGGGGUUCGGUCACAUUGAACUCCACCCCUCACUUCAGAUUGACAAUCAGCAUGCGGUCUCAUAUCCGCUGGAUGGCAAACAAAACCGGGGAAAACUUUCACUUAGGCGAAUAUUGCGAAACUAUUGGGCUGCACAACCCGUUGACACAAAUCGCACUAAAUCAAAAAUUAUGCUUUGCACAAAAAAAGCGAAAGGACGCGUACGAGGACGAGGAUGCCUCGCAGGAAGUCGCUACACCCUGUGGCCAUAAAUCUCAUCUAGUCAAAUAUUGAAUUACGCCGGAUGAAGAGGCAGGGAUGCGAAGGGCAGGGAAAGGGUUCUCCGGCGAUUCGCAGCUUCACUUUAGUGGGUCAGAAGGAUGUGGCACAUCCCUGCAGAUUCGCUAUAUUCUCUAUUCCUAUAUAUGGUGUGUGACAUUUUUCCGGCACAUCGCUUUGUCCUGUUUAUUUAAUAAAAAUUGAAGUUAUGAGUGCUCAAGGGUCGUUUAUGCGUCGAUAAUGAAUAGUUAUGGCUGUUUGAAGGGUUCAGAUUCAUAAUGCUUUGUUUGGGUCGCUUAUGAUGCAAUUUAUUCAUGUUUGUGUAGUUAUUGGGUGUUGGGGUGACAAUGGGUUAAGGGAUUUUCCCUCUUUAUAUUCCGAUUUAUUGAUAAAAACCAAUAAAAACACGCCCGUUGCCAACAAAAAACAACACAGACAUAGGUGAGUGAAACGUACAUUUUCAAAACUACAUGUUUAAUCAAUUUCAGGUGUUUUUAAAAAUACAAACACCUACAGAAAUACUGCAAUACUGCGAUACAUUUUCAGUUUGCCUGCUUACCAUAAAACCUCUAAAAUAAACAUGAAUAUACAACCAACCAAACAAAUGUUUUAAUUGCUUAUUGUUUUCGCUAGUAAACUGAGCUAAAUUGUAUAUUUUCUUCGACAUCAAUACAGAUAAAAUACGACUCAAAGUAAAUAAUAACUAUGAAUGAUCAUAGCAACGCCGAUUCAGCUGUUUUGGGUUUUUUAGAGCUCCCGGGGGUUCACCUUUUGACUCAUCGACGAGCUCUUCUUUGGUAAAAACCAAGCUGAUAAGGGAAAUUAUGAUGUCAGCGGUAGAAUCGGAAAUAUUUAAUCAAGAGUCAUCCCAGCUACAGCUUCAGUGUUAAUUCAACGCUCAGCUAAGAAACAAAACCUUCGGAUUAUAUUACUAUCAAAAUGAUAUACUUU